UGGGACCGGGACCGGGACAGCUCGGCCGCGCCCCCGCCCCUCGCCCCCAGACGGACCCGCCUCCCCUCUCCCCUCCUCCGCACACCCUGCCCGCCAGCCCCCACGGACAGUGCUGCGCCGCCGUCCCGGCUCCUCCGCCCCGGCCAGUAUAAACUGGCUUGCAUGUGGCACGUGUUUUGCCAGUUGUCCAUAUCACUGUCCUGAACCCUGCAGUAAGGUGCCACCCUAGUUCUGCUGGACCUGGAAAGGAAAAACAUAAAACUCGGUUGUUACUGGCAGAAGAACCACUGAGGUCUGAAUCCUGGAACUUGCUUUCAUAAGCUGUUGAAAUAAAGGACUUCUUUCUAAUUUGGACAUGGCUAAUCGAGGAGCAACAAGACCCAAUGGGCCAAAUGCUGGAAAUAAAAUUUGCCAGUUCAAACUAGUACUUUUAGGAGAGUCUGCAGUUGGCAAAUCAAGUUUGGUGCUUCGAUUUGUAAAAGGACAGUUUCAUGAGUUUCAAGAAAGUACGAUCGGAGCUGCUUUUCUAACCCAGACCGUAUGUCUGGAUGAUACAACGGUAAAAUUUGAAAUUUGGGAUACAGCUGGGCAAGAGCGGUACCACAGUUUAGCACCCAUGUACUACAGAGGAGCACAAGCAGCUAUAGUGGUAUACGACAUUACAAAUGAGGAGUCCUUUGCCAGAGCGAAAAAUUGGGUCAAAGAACUUCAGCGACAAGCAAGUCCUAACAUUGUAAUAGCUUUAGCAGGAAACAAAGCUGAUCUAGCUAACAAAAGAGCUGUGGAUUUCCAGGAAGCACAGGCUUAUGCAGAUGACAACAGUUUAUUGUUCAUGGAGACAUCUGCCAAAACAUCUAUGAACGUAAAUGAAAUAUUCAUGGCAAUUGCAAAAAAAUUGCCCAAGAAUGAACCACAGAAUGCAGGAGCCAGCUCUGCCAGAGGAAGAGGAGUAGACCUUACUGAACCCACACAACCACCCAAGAGUCAAUGUUGUAGUAACUAAAAGAUCAAUUGCUUUAAACUGUUCUGAAUAUUCUUCUGCUUCCUAACUGUUAAUAACCAUGGAAUUGGAGUGCUUAACCUGGUCCAGUACAGCUUCCCAGCAGCGAAGAGACUUAUGAUAAUAGUCAAGUUCAUGAUACAGAGUUUUCUUUUGAGGUAAAAUUUUAACAUGCAUGUAUCCACCACUGGCUAUAAUGUUUCAGCAGUAGAGGAGAGAUGGAAGCUGAAUAAACUUCCUUCAGUUGAAAGAUUUUCAAAAUCAGUUGUUAUUAUUAGGGGUAUAGAAGAACUGCUCUCUGUGGACCUAAUUGGCCAGUUCCUGUAGCCUCAAUACUGAUUACUGUUAUAAUAAAUAGAAUUGGGUCUUUUCAUAAUUCUCAAUUGUGCUUUAAAACCUUUUUAGAAACAGGGUCUAAAAAUUACUUAAACUUAUCUGAAGUAUUGAUGCAACCAGUUGUUUCUGCAGGUAUCCACUAUUUAGUUAUACAUUCCAUAGUUUGAUAAUUUAAUUACAAAUAAUACUUGCAUUAACAAUUUUAAGAAUCCUAUGCUUGCCAGACAGUGGAGUUUUAGUUGGUACACUGUAUGUAAAUUAUAUCAACCCAGUUAGUUAUCUUAAUGAAUUAGUGAUGAAUCAAGUUUAACUUAAUUUCUAAUCUUUUCAGAGGGUACAGACCAGUAAAUUCAAUUCAACGACUUAGGAUAUGGGUUUUUUUCCCUCUACAAACUGUAAGAGCUCUUCAAGUAAAACCACAACAAACUCGGUGUCUGUGACUUUUCUUGUUUCUGAUCAUUGCUGGCCAUUACAGUUUGUUUUUCCCCUAAGGAAAAAAAUAGUGCACUAACGAUUAUGUACAUCCAACUUGAUUUUAAAUUUGGAUAUUAAUGUACUGUAAAUAGGUACUCUGCAUUGUAGUCUACAUUUGUUUAAUACUUUCUGUAAUAUUUAAGAGUUGCUUAAAGGUAUACAGAAUGUACAGUUACUUAAAGCUAACUUUUUUCCUCUCUAAUCAAAGGGGGUUCUGAGUUCUUCCUUUAUGGCUAGAACAGUAAUAAAUGAUGCUCCUGUAUCUGUAACAUAAGUACUGCUGUCUGUCAGUAAUGAACUUUGCAACUUUGUUUUCCAAAGUACAUUUUAUUUUGAUCAGUCCAGUAUAUUGCACUAAUUCUUUUAGUUAUUUUCAUUAUAUGAAAUCUACAAGGUGUGUCAGAAGAGAUGAAUUAGUCUAUUUAAAUGUUGAACUGAUAGAAACUUACUUGUGCAGAUUUAAAAUUUGCAGUAAUCUGGGUUUAGCAAGGAAAAUGACAGUUCACCAGUGUUUAGUUUUAUAUUGAGGUGCUCAGGUUUGAAUAAAGUGGUUUAAAAAAAAUUUUGAUUACUGUUUCUUACUGAGAGUUUGAGAUGGUUUUAUUGCAUUUGUACAGUUCCAGACAAGAUGUCUGAUUUACUGAAUGGGUCCGCAUUUAAGGUGGUUACAAGUAAAUUCGUGACACAGCUAAAUAUACAUCUGUCCUGUAUAUGCUCUGUCACUUCAGCUGUCCUAUGGUAAAUUUUGAGGUAAUUGGGUAUUUUAUCAUGUCCAUAUAGAAAUACAAUCAAAACAGUAAUACUAUCUCUUGAACCUGAAGCUAAUGCAGUCUUUGCUAGUUGUUCCCUAAUGUAGCUUGUUACAUUGUUGUAGUGCCUCAGAGCUGACUGUGUGUCUUCCUGCAGCUGGUGAUUUGCAAUUGGAUGGGUACACUUGUGUCUCUUUCAAAUUGGCGGUGGUUUAGACCCACUGGCUAUACAGACUUUAGCAGGUCUUGACCAGCAUCACUUGCCGUUUGUCACAAAAUGCAUUGGAGCCCAUUUUUUUGCUAGCUGUGGACUUGAGUCACAAUUAGCUGGCAUGUUUUUCUCUCUUUUGGGUUCUGCUUCAUGACUUCAGACCCUCUUGCCAAUACAUUCUGUUGCAGAUGUUUAGGGCUAUGAGUCGGACCUGUUGCACAGAAGGCAACAGUUUCUUCUUGCUCUGAAGCCUGUCACAGUGGACAGGCUCAGUUCUUCAGAACCACCUUGUGUGCUAGAAUCUUGGAGAUUAUUAAUAGCAUUUAAGUCAUUUGUGUUGUCUUCAGUGAGGGACAUUGAAUAUUGACACUUAGAUGGAGAAGUCCUGUUUCGUUGAACACCAUUCAUGCAUUCUCAAAUGAGUAGAUGUUGUUAGAGUUGGUGCCAGUACUUCAUUGUAAUCCAAAACCCCUUUAGAAGCCAGAAUAAGAAUCUGAUAUGGACAGAUACAAGUUACAGGUAUAACAGAUGUCCUUUUUAUUGCAUCUCUGUGAUGUCCAAGAGCUCUUGUAAUUCUCAGGUACCCCUCUACUAAUCCAUCUGGUGUAUUAGUGCUGGUGUUUCCACCGUUCUGAAGUGUUUUCUCUCAUGAGUGCUGUGCUCUUUUGAGAGGCAGUGACUCUUUCCAUUUUCAUAUAAGACUGCAUAUACAUCAUCUAAAACAAAUAUUUUUAAUAUAGCCUAUACAUAUACGUCAUCUAAAACUGAAAUAUUUUUAAUAUAGCCUAUAGUUGGGUUUACUUAAGAUGCUGCUGUUACAGUAACAGUCUCUUGUUAAGGACUGGGAAAAAAACUGAGAUCAUAGUUGAAUAAUCUACUUCCACAGGCAACAGUAUGUCCAUCAGUGAAUUUGUUUCUAUUUUACAGCAAAGUUUUCUGUGUUUUUUUCCAUUCCAUUAUUAGAACACUGUUUCAGAAUCUUAUUUUCCUGACUGCAGAUAAACUUUUAUGAGGAGUCUUAAGCGAUAUUUUAUUCAGCUUAAAGUGCAGUCUGAUAAAAAAGUUGCACCUUGACUGGUUUUUAAGCAAGAGGGUGUAUUUUUUUCAAACAUUUUGCUUUUGCUCCUAUGAGAAUGUGUGCUUUCAAAAUAUUAUGGCCAGAUGAACUCAUCAAGAAGCUUCAGGUUCAGACUGUUUCUAGCAGCAUAUAAUUUUUAGUACUGAAAAAUUAAUUGGACAUGGUGUAGAAUUUAGUUUACUAACAUGAUUCCUUACAUCUCUUCUUUGGUUAAAGCACCCAAGGGACUAAGAGUUCUUAGAGUCAUCAUGGGAAGUUGAGGACUAACUUCUUUCCUUUAGCAGGCAUAGGUAUUUUACGUUUCCCUCAACACUCCUGAAAUCCAAGAGUUGAAAGUGUUAGGAAUUGCAACACUGCAGGGGGCUGGUCUUGUCAGACUUGAACGAAGAGCAUAAAGGAAAGAGCUCCAAACUAAAGUGCUGUAUUAUUUGAGAUGCUCUAUGGCUGCCCUGGGAGACUAUUUUUUGUGUCAGAGGAGGUCAUUGGUCUGCUCCCGUGUGUUGGCAUAAGGCCAAAAGUGAUGUCUUACAGAAGGAACUUGAGUGAGAUAUGUGGUAUCUUUCUAGACAUGAAGGUGGCUGCAGUGUGUUCAUUUAUAUUGUACUUUUAAUAUUUGCCUAGACUAGGGGCACAGACCUCUGAAAAGUGUGUAUAAGUAGGCAUUGCUUAUACAGUAGUAGUGUUUCUUGGGCAGUAUUGGCAGUCUAGCAUAGGAGACAGCUAAGUGUAGUCUGUACGAAGGCAGAUUUCUCUUGAAGGUGAUUCAGAAUAUCAAACUGAAGGACACACCUUUAAUUAAUUAUACAGUGUAGAUACCUUGUGUGCUCUAUGAAUGUUUUCUUGUGCUUGCUCUCCUUCCUUUGAUUUCUGUGGAGAGCUCGAAGAAUGUGUAAAAUAUCCUUUGAACCCUUGGAGUAAGACCACCAGCUGUAAGCCUAACAAAGGGCAUAAUAUAACCUAUGUGGAACAAUUUGACUGCAAGGAGUAAAAUCCAGUUGCUUUUGGGUACAAGUCUCUUGUCAGCAAACCAGAGACAGCAAAAGAAUCGACAAAACCUAACUGGCCUAUCAGUGUGGGACUAAAUGAAGACAGGGCUGGCCAAUGUCACCCUCUCCUGCUCUGUGUAUCUGACCAUCCUCUUCAGUCGCUUACCUGGAGCUGAAGGAACAUGUCUGUACUUAUUUAAGAACACACUCCUGGGGGAGAAAUGAAGGUUGAUGUUGUGCGAAUCUUUUUCUUUGGUGUGAUACAUUUGGUGGAAAAUUAAGUGUAUUAAAUUAAAUAAAUGUGGUUCAAAAAUGUGGAUUUUAAUCAUAAAA